AGAGGCAGCCAGUGAAACAGCGACAUAGAUGAACGGAGAAGAAAAGGGGCGGGAAGGGGUUCUCUGAAGGAGGGAGGGGAAGGCCCUGGAACCUAGCGCUGCCGCCGCCGCCGCCGCCGCCGUCGCCGCCGCUGCCCGAGUCGGAGGAGGAGAAGCCAGAAAGAAAAUGGCGGCCGUGGCUGCGGAGGCGGCAGCGACUGCAGCGUCCCCGGGGGAGGGGGGCGCCGGCGAGGCCGAGCCAGAGAUGGAGCCCAUCCCCGGCAGCGAGGCGGGCGCCGAGACCGGCACCGAUCCCCUGCCUGUGACCGCCACCGAAGCCCUGGUUCUUGAUGAGGCGGACGGCAAGCCCGCUCCUCAGGCCGAUGAGCCACUGCCACCGCCGCCGGGGGAGCCCGCUCGGAGUCCCGGGGCGGCGGGCCCCGAACCCGAGCCUCGGCUGGAGCCCGACUCUCAGCGGCUCGAGCCCGAAGAGAAACCUCCCGCUCGCUAUGAGGAGAGAGAACCGAAAGAGGAGGGGGAGGCGACAAUAGCCCCACGGGCACCCGAGCCCUUAACGCCGCCGCCGGAGGAAGGGAAAGAACCGGCUCCCGAGGAGCCGCCGCCGCCGCCGCCGCCGCCGCCUCAGCCCCAGUCUCAGCCAGCGGCCCCGGCGCUGCUCCCGCCGGCGGGCGGGGACUCGGCUGUGGCUCAGCUGAUCCCGGGCUCGGAGGUGCGGGUCACCCUGGACCACAUCAUCGAGGACGCGCUCGUGGUGUCCUUCCGCCUCGGGGAGAAGCUUUUCUCGGGGGUCCUCAUGGAUCUGUCUAAAAGGUUUGGGCCCCAUGGAAUCCCUGUGACAAUUUUUCCCAAAAGAGAAUACAAAGAUAAACCUGAAGCCAUGCAGCUCCACAGUAGAUCAUUCCAAGAAGGAACAGAAAUCAAAUGUGACUUGAAUGGUGCUGGUCCUGAUGACCAUUCUCCCAUUCAGCCACCAGAACCUAGCCUUGCUAAAAGCCUGUGGACUUCUAAACCGCCUCCUCUCUUUCAUGAAGGAGCACCUUAUCCUCCCCCUUUGUUUAUCAGGGACACGUAUAACCAAUCAAUACCUCAGCCUCCUCCUCGGAAAAUUAAACGACCCAAAAGGAAAAUGUACAGGGAGGAGCCCACUUCUAUAAUGAAUGCCAUCAAACUACGACCCAGACAAGUCCUGUGUGACAAAUGUAAAAACAGUGUUGUUGCAGAAAAAAAAGAAAUUAAAAAAGGUGGCAAUGCAACUGACUCAUCUAAAUAUGAUGAUAACAAAAAACGGAGAAAUGAAAGUGUAACUACUGUGAAUAAAAAACUUAAAACUGACCAUAAAAUGGAUGGAAAAAACCAAAAUGAAAGCCAGAAAAGAAAUGCUGUGGUCAAAGUUUCAAAUAUUGCUCACAGCAGAGGCAGAGUAGUUAAAGUCUCUGCUCAGGCAAAUACUUCAAAAGCCCAGUUAAAUACUAAAAAAGUCCUCCAGAGUAAGAACAUGGAUCAUGCAAAAGCUCGGGAAGUGUUGAAAAUGGCCAAAGAAAAGGCACAAAAGAAACAGAAUGAAACUUCCACUUCUAAAAACGCACAUUCUAAGGUUCACUUCACUCGUCGGUUUCAGAAUACCAGCUCAGGUUCUCUUCCACCCCGGUUGCGUUUAAAGCCACAAAGAUACAGGAAUGAAGAAAACGACUCUUCCCUGAAAGCCGGACUUGAGAAAAUGCGGAGUGGCAAGAUGGCACCCAAACCCCAGUCUCGUUGCACCUCUACCCGCUCAGCAGGUGAGGCCCCUUCAGAAAAUCAGAAUCCCUCAAAAGGUCCUGAAGAGGCCAACAGUGAGGUUCAGGACAGAAGUGAAGUACAUGUCCCUGAUGAGCAGGAUGAACAGCAGACAUUGGGCAAAAAGGGCAGCAAAAGCAAUAUCACUGUUUACAUGACCCUAAAUCAAAAGAAAUCUGACUCUUCCAGUGCAUCAGUGUGUAGCAUUGAUAGCACAGAUGAUUUGAAAUCUUCCAAUUCAGAGUGUAGUUCUACUGAAAGCUUUGAUUUUCCUCCAGGCAGUAUGCAUGCACCUUCCACCUCUUCCACUUCAUCCUCUUCAAAGGAAGAGAAAAAGCUCAGUAAUUCCUUGAAAAUGAAAGUCUUUUCCAAAAACGUCUCUAAAUGCAUCACACCAGAUGGCAGGACCAUAUGUGUAGGGGACAUUGUUUGGGCCAAGAUUUAUGGCUUCCCAUGGUGGCCAGCCCGUAUUCUCACUAUAACUGUAAGCCGGAAAGAUAACGGCCUGUUAGUCCGACAGGAGGCCCGUAUUUCAUGGUUUGGGUCUCCAACAACAUCUUUCCUUGCACUAUCGCAACUGUCCCCCUUUUUAGAAAACUUCCAGUCACGCUUUAAUAAGAAGAGAAAGGGCUUGUAUCGCAAGGCUAUCACAGAGGCAGCUAAGGCUGCAAAGCAGCUGACUCCCGAAGUGCGGGCCCUGUUGACACAAUUUGAAACGUGAACUUGGACAGUAAGGUAGGCAAGAAAAGUUUGGAGGCUCCAUAAAAUUUUACUAGGCUAGUUAGAAAUAACUUACACAAAGUAGAUUGGCCAAAACCAGGAAGAGAAAAAGAAAUUGCACUCAGUUGGCUGCUGUUUUUUAAUACUAAAAUUGAUCUUUGAUAACUUUCUUGAUAGGCAAACUAAACUAAUUGAACAUACAAUCAAAUUUUUUCUUAAAGUUUAUUAGCAAUAUUUUCAAGUAAAACUUGCAUUUUAAAAUUCCUCAACCUUACCCCAAGGCAUAGGAGCCAUAGCCUCAAUUGAAAGGCAUUUUUUGCAGGGAAUAUGCAUCAGUUUCUUCCGAAUUUGUAGCCUAAUCUGGUAUAGGUUACGGAGGUGGGGGAUGGUAGUAGUAGCUGUGAGUGGGGUGGUCCAGUAGGAACGUUUGGGAUUUUAGUGACCACUUAUUUUUAUUUUGUUUUAUUAUUAUUUUUUUAUAAAUUAAAGAACACAUAAGCCUUUCUAUGCACACAAGGGCAUAAGUUUGACACUUCAGUUUUUGACAAGCUGAAAUAGGAAUGGAUGCUUACUGUUCAGAGGCAAGCUGCAAAAUUGCUCAAGAGUUUGGGAUCAAGGGCUGUCAAUGCUGCCUAGUUGUGAAUCAUAACUUCCUGUUUUUCUUCCAUUGAAAAAAAUCUUCCAAGGUUCUGACUUGGGAGUUUAGAUAAAGAGGUUUGUUUUGAAAUAUGUAAAUAAUUGAUUGCUAAAUUGGUCAGAUUUUCUCCUGACUGGCUGUUCCUAAAUUUUUAGGAUACGUCCCACACUUUGUGAAUUACUUGUCAUGUGUAAUUGUUGCAUUUUGGAUGUACCUAAUUUCAUAAUUUUGAAAAAAUAUUUCCGUUUAAGGUAUCUGUUUGCAGGUCAGAAAGUAAGAAAAUGUAAUUGUGUAAUGCUCGGAUAUGUACAAAAAAUGUAAAUAAAAUUGACUAAAUCUGAAUUAUUUGUGUGUGUUUCUCAAAAAGCUUUGAAAAUAAAUUUCAGAACAUUAGAAAGUGAGUAUUUUCUAUAUAGUACUUAGCAAGAGUAACAGAUCAAAAUUUUAAUUUCUCAUUUGCCCUGCCACAGAAUAUUUUUUAAUAGGCUCAUAACAUUAUCCAGUACAGAGUCCUUAAAAAUUGGAUCUUGUAUAGUACUAAGAAGGGGCCAGUAUAUCUCUAGGUUUGUUAGCUUAUAAAGGUAUGAGUUUUAAUUCUCAUUGAUGUCUUAAUUUUUCAUCACAUGCUUAAGUUUUCAAAAGGAGGUAUUUAAAUUUAGUCUCCUGGUCUGUUUGCUCCUUAGCCCAAUACUAUUGCCCAAUUGGGGCUUUUUUUCUUUCUUUCUUAAAUUCUGGUUACUGGGCUCCCUCUCUUUUGUUAUUCUCCAUUCAUGCCCAUUUGACUUUGUUUAUUGUUUUUUCCUUUUUCAGGUUUACCCUGUUAGGGAAAUGUCCCUUGCCUAUGUAUUAAAGCAAGUUAUGUACUAUGUUUUCCCAAGUUGCUUCAUACAAAGGCAAUAAUUUUUUUAAUGUGAAUAGUUUAAAAAAUUUUUUUUAAAUAUGUGCAUUAUGUAAUUUUAAAUGAUAGAGAAUUUGACACAGACUUUAGUGUGUAUAGGAUGACAGAAUAAGAUACUUAUAAUUUCUUUGGUGGAUUUCCAAAUAAUUCAAUUUGAAACUUUCUUGCUAUUACACAUUUAAUAUACUGCCUAUUGGUAGUUAUUCAUCUGGAUAUGGCCAGUUGUCCUUAAGCUUACAGUUAUUUAUGCACAAACUUGAAAACCAGAUUUUCUGCUGGAUAAUUAAGUAACUUCCAGGAGAACUCAAUGCUUUUUGAUUGUAGUAAACACACAAGUUGAAAAUUUUUGAUUGUGAGAUGUUGUUUCGCUUCUCUAACAUGUAUUCUUUCCUGCAAACAGAAACAACCACAACAAUUCAGGAUUUAAUUUGCGCUGCAUUUACAAAUCUUUAGUGAUGUGAAGGUGCAGUGGAAAGAGUGCUGGAUCUCAGGAGUGAGAACCUGGUUUCAAAU